AGAUCCAUCAUUAAUUUGUGGAUAGCAUCCUAGAUGCUAAAGAAAAAAUUAAAAUGCCAGUCGACUUCGACGACUUGAUGAAGGGUUUGUAUCCGGCGGUAAGUAGAGACGAUCAACAAGAUGCUGGAAACAUGAUUAUCGACUGGUCGAAUACACAGGGCUUCUUACAGGACAAAUAUUUGUUGUCAGACCCACAAGUUAAUUAUGAUCAUCAACUGGUUGAAGGUACCUCAAAUGGACAACAUUUGUUGCCCGGCUCACUGGAAACCAAUCCUAGUUGUGAAUUUGACAACAGAAAUUUUGAUAUUUCAUGGGUGCUGUCUACGGAUAACCAACCGUUUGCAGAGUACGGCAUAGAAUCACUGAAAACAAAUCAUGAAAUGCCUUAUGGCAAGGAAUGCCAGGACUCUGCAGUUUACUUGGAAGCUAGUGUCUCUGGAUUCAAGCGAAACUGCACGGAGGUUGGAAGUAACCCGUGGCCAGAUUCCAAUAGGGUUUUAGGAACUGUUUCGACUAUUGAGGGCAAUAACAUUCCCAAUUCAAUCACU